CCUCCUCCCCUACACUCUGCACGAGAAUGCCCUGUCCGGAACAACCCAGCAGCGCCUAGAUGGCUUUGGUCACGGUCCAGCGGUCGCCUACCCCCAGCACCACCUCCAGCCCCUGCGCCUCGGAGGCUGACAGUGGGGAGGAGGAAUGCCGAUCACAGCCCCGGAGCAUCAGCGAGAGCUUUUUAACUGUCAAGGGUGCUGCCCUUUUUCUACCACGGGGAAAUGGCUCAUCUACACCGAGAAUCAGCCACAGGCGCAACAAGCACGCAGGUGAUCUUCAACAGCAUCUCCAAGCAAUGUUCAUAUUACUCCGCCCAGAAGACAACAUCAGGCUGGCUGUAAGACUGGAAAGUACUUACCAGAAUCGAACACGCUAUAUGGUAGUGGUUUCAACUAAUGGUAGACAAGACACUGAAGAAAGCGUUGUCCUAGGAAUGGAUUUUUCUUCCAGUGACAGUAGCAUUUGUACCAUGGGUUUAGUCCUGCCUCUCUGGAGUGACACCCUAAUUCAUUUGGAUGGCGAUGGUGGGUUCAGCGUCUCAACAGAUAACAGAGUUCAUAUAUUCAAGCCUGUAUCUGUACAGGCAAUGUGGUCUGCCUUACAGAGUUUACACAAAGCUUGUGAAGUGGCCAGAAUGCAUAACUAUUACCCAGGCAGCCUGUUUCUCACCUGGGUGAGUUAUUAUGAAAGCCAUAUCAACUCAGAUCAGUCCUCAGUCAACGAAUGGAAUGCUAUGCAGGAUGUGCAGUCUCAUCGGCCGGACUCUCCAGCUCUCUUCACAGACAUACCAACUGAACGUGAGCGAACAGAAAGGCUAAUUAAAACCAAAUUAAGGGAGAUAAUGAUGCAGAAAGAUCUGGAGAAUAUCACAUCCAAAGAGAUACGAACAGAGUUGGAAAUGCAAAUGGUGUGCAACUUGCGGGAAUUCAAAGAAUUUAUAGAUAAUGAAAUGAUAGUGAUCCUUGGUCAGAUGGAUAGUCCUACACAAAUAUUUGAACAUGUGUUCCUGGGUUCAGAAUGGAAUGCCUCCAACUUAGAGGACUUACAGAACCGAGGGGUGCGGUAUAUCUUGAAUGUCACUCGAGAGAUAGAUAACUUCUUCCCUGGAGUCUUUGAGUACCAUAACAUCCGGGUAUAUGAUGAAGAGGCAACAGAUCUCCUGGCUUACUGGAAUGACACUUACAAAUUCAUCUCUAAAGCAAAGAAACAUGGAUCUAAAUGUCUUGUGCACUGCAAAAUGGGAGUGAGUCGCUCAGCCUCCACUGUGAUAGCCUAUGCAAUGAAGGAGUAUGGCUGGAAUCUGGAUCGAGCCUAUGACUAUGUGAAGGAAAGACGAACAGUGACCAAGCCCAACCCCAGCUUCAUGAGACAACUGGAAGAGUACCAGGGGAUCUUGCUAGCAAGCAAACAGAGGCAUAACAAACUCUGGAGAUCUCAUUCAGAUAGUGACCUCUCAGACCACCAUGAACCCAUCUGUAAACCCAGGCUAGAACUCAACAAGAAGGAAAUCACUACUUCAGCAGAUCAGAUUGCGGAGGUGAAGACCAUGGAGAAUCACCAAUCCAUACCUCCUGUCUUUGUAGAGCAUGUGGUUCCACAAGAUGUGAAUCAGAAAGGCCUGUGUACCAAAGAAAGAGUGAUCUGCUUGGAGUUUUCCUCCAGGGAAUUUCAUGCUGGACAGAUUGAAGAUGAAUUAAACUUAAAUGACAUCAAUGGAUGCUCAUCAGAGUGUUGUCUUAAUGAAUCAAAAUUCCCUCUUGACAACUGCCAUGCAUCUAAAGCUUUAAUCCAACCUGGACAAGCCCCAGAAAUGGCCAAGUUCCCAGACUUAACAGUGGAAGAUUUGGAGACAGAUGCACUGAAAACAGACAUGAAUGUCCACUUAUUGCCAAUGGAAGAGUUGACAUCUCGACUGAAAGACCUACCCAUGUCCCCUGACCCUGAGUCUCCAAGCCCCCAACCCAGUUGCCAGGCUGAGAUCACAGAUUUCAGUACAGAUCGCAUUGAUUUUUUCAGUGCCCUAGAGAAGUUUGUAGAACUUUCUCAAGAAACCAGGUCUCGUUCUUUCUCCCACUCAAGGAUGGAGGAACUAGGUGGAGGAAGGAAUGAGAGCUGUCGACUAUCAGUGGUAGAAGUAGCCCCUUCAGAAGUGACAGCUGAUGACCAGAGAAGCAGCUCUUUGAGUAAUACUCCCCAUGCAUCUGAAGAAUCUUCAAUGGAUGAGGAACAGUCAAAGGUAAUCUCAGAACUGGUCAGCCCAGACAUCUUCAUGCAGUCUCACUCAGAAAAUGCAAUUUCAGUAAAAGAAAUCAUCACUGAAAUUGAGUCCAUUAGUCAGGGAGUCGGGCAGAUUCAGCUUAAAGGAGACAUCCUAUCCAACCCCUGCCAUACACCAAAGAAGAGCGCCAUCCACGAGCUGCCCUCAGAGAGGGCACAGGGCCCCGACAGCAAACCAGGGCAUUUGGACCAGGAUGAGAGUUUCUACCCAACCCAUCCUGACCUAGCCAAAGACUCAGGAAAGUGCAAUGCAGAAGGCUGUCUAACCACACACUCAUCCACAGCAGACUUGGACGAAGAGGUUCCAGCUGAGGGGGAACAUGACUGGGGUCCAGGGGUGCAUCCUGGUACCAAGUGGUGCUCUGGGUCUGUGAGGCGAGCCACUCUGGAGUUUGAAGAGCGCUUACGGCAGGAACAGGAAUACCAUGGUACUUCCCCUGCAGGUGCCUCAUUGUCCACCCGAAAGAACUCUAAGAAUGAUUCUUCCAUGGUAGACCUAUCAUCAAAAGGGACAAGUGAUGAGGCCACCCCAGACCAUCCAUUUGCCCUGAAGGAGCCAGAGGUGAGCAAGGGCAAAGGGAAAUGCAGUGGGUCUGAAGCUGCCUCACUCGCCCACUGUGAGCAGAAUGCCAUUGCUCCAGCCCUGGAGUUACUAGAGUACCAUCCCUUGCCAGCCCCUCCCGAGUGCUCAGGAUCAGAUCGUAGAGCAAAGCCACAAGGAAACUUGAAGGAGCAGAGGACUGUGGCUUCAUACCCCGAGCCUGAGACACUGGCCAUCCCUCUUCUCCUUCCCAAGAGGAUAGAAAUCAUUGAGUAUACACACUCAGUUACAUCACUCAGUCACAGUAGCCCAGGAGGUGGAAUAGUCCCCAGCAAAGAGUAUGAGGAGCAAGGACAGAGGAAAGUGAAGGUGGAGAAGUCUGUCACCAUGAUCUGUGCACUGGAUGAAAAUCUCAACAGGACUCUGGACCCCAGCCAGAUUUCUCUGCACCCCCAAGUGCUACCUCUGCUUCAUUCAUCCUCUCUUGAGUGUGACAGGCCCACUGACCCAACCUCUAUGCUAAGUAACCCUGAAGACAAGAGCAAUGGCCCAUCAGCAGUCCUGGAGACAACAGCACUGUCUAUCAGUUGCACAGCCCGCAUAGCAUCUGCCAACUUGGAUAACCUGUCUCCCCAGAGUGUGGUUCUCCUGGAAGGCUGCACAGAGCAAAGCAGCACCACAGACAGUGAGCCUUCUGCACUUCAGACUAGGUGGGAGGAAAGCCAGGAAGACCUCCUGUAUAGUGGCAAUAAAGUGCCAUGCAUGGGCUCCCAGUUAAGUAGUGAAGACCUCCUUUUCAUUAGUAAACCAGGUGACAACAUUGAAGAGUCAUUACCCUGUCAGCCCCCACAUAGCUCGAAUGGUGAAAACACAAGGGGUCUCAGCCACAGCCCUGGAGUGGUGAAAGAGCGUGCUAAAGAAAUUGAGUCUCGAGUGAUCUUCCAGGCAGGGCUCAGCAAACCAUCCCAAAUGAGGCGUUCAGCUUCUCUCGCCAAGUUAGGUUACCUGGACCUCUGUAAAGACUGUUUACUAGAAAGACACCCUGUCUCCUCAGAAUCUCCUCAUCUCAAAUUGCUUCAGCCCUUCGUAAGAACAGACUCAGGUAUGCAUGCCAUGGAGGUCCAGGAGCCCUCAGAAAGCCCAGGUGCCCCACAGAACCCAGAGCCUACCAAGUAUUUUGUAGAACAACUCAAAACAACAGAGUGUAUUGCACAGAGCAAACCAGUAGAGAGGCCUCUCGUGCAAUAUGCCAAAGAAUUUGGUUCUAGUCAGCAGUGUUUGCUGUCCAGGGCAGGACUAGAAUUGACUAGCUCUGAAGGAGGCCUUCCUUUACUACAGACCCAGGAGCUGCAGUGUGCAGUCCCUGCUCCAGGGUUGGCCGUGGCACCCCGUCAGCAGCAUGGCAGAACUCACCCACUUCGAAGACUAAAAAGGGCAAAUGAUAAAAAACGGACAACCAACCCCUUCUAUAACACCAUGUGAUUCUGAGCCUAUACAUGUGAUUUUCUAAAAGAAAUGUUUGUAAAAGGGGCCGGUGUAAUAUGUAAGGAACAUGCACUUUAUUGGUUAAUGUUAUAAUAUUUUGGUCAUUUUACUGUUCCUGGCGCAUGCAGGGUUUGGGUUUUUAUGAGUGUGUGUGUGUUUUGUGUGUGUAUGUUGUGUGUGUGUGUGUGUGUGUGUGUGUGUGUGUGUGUGUGUGUGUAGAAAGAGAGACUGAUUUGGAUGGCAAGGCCAUUUUAUCAUUUUUUUAUGUUGAAAAUUCAAACCUCAAAAAAAAAAACAUUUUCAAAGAACACCUUUAUCAAAGGCAAGUUGCUGUUUUUCAAUUAACUGCCACCUGUCCCUCAUUUUGCCCUCUGAGAAAAGGCAUGCUUGCUUGAUUAAAAUAAAGCAAACAGAUGGGGGGCAUGGUGCUGGGAAUUAGAAAUGUUCCCUCCAGGUCUCAGAAAUCUAGUGGGCUGAAGGGCAGGGUGAAGUCAGCCCUCAGCCUUCAUCUUCAGCCCUGGGUCUUUGGAGUUCCUGAAGUAGACAGGUUCUUCUUUGCUUUAAAAGAUGGUCUGCAAUUCAUUUCUUCUGGUAUUUCAAAGUAUAUCAUUGCAAAAGGGAUGGUGAUGGCUGGUUUUAUAAAUUUAUCAAGCAAAGAAUUUUUUACCAAGAAAUAAAUUUUGAAACAAAGGAAAUCCCAAAUGACAUUUGAGAGGUCUUUAAGCAAAUGUGUUAGGAAGAGAAGAACAUGAAGCUGAAGGCGGAGACAUGCAGCCCAGAGACCGCUGGGCUGGUAUAGCCACACAGGUCCCCCAGCCCUCUCUGCCAGAUGUGCUCCUCAGCACUCUUCCAGCUAAAACACUGUGGAAAUAAGCUUGAAAAACAGCAAACAAAAGUCAAUGUGUUCUUGUAAAAUGAAUACAUAUGUAGGGUUUUAACCCUUCCAUUACUUGAAUUAUUCUGUGGGCCUUCUGAGUUUAAUGGCCAUAUUUCUUUCCAAUUUAUUUUCCUCUUGCUGUUUUCCCCAUCCUGCCUAUUUUUUAAUUCUAUAGAUAAUAUUUUACUUGUUACAUAUGUAUAACCUCCAUUGAAAGCAAAGUUUUCUAUAUUAUCACUGUAACACUUGACAUAAGCCCCUGCCCCCCUUUUCCUGGAAAGUUUGUCAUUUCUCCAAAGUUUAUACACAGUAUUUCUGUACAUAAUGUUGUCACUUUCUUAAUGGUCUGUUUUUGAUGUUGUGGGGUCUUUCUGAUUUAUUGUUUUUAAGAAAGAGUAGAGUUGCAACUGGAAAAUACACAAAGACACCAGAAAUAAAACUGAUAGUUGUGGAUAGGAAUCUACACAGUAUAUUGGUGGUGGUUUUAAUUGUUUAAAUGGAGACUUCUAAUCACCAGCUCCUGCCAAAUUUUGCAGAAGUAACUUCCCUCUCAGAAGCCUCUACAGGCUCUCAUUAGAUCAUAGUGUACUGUUUGACACAAGAGUCCCAGAAUGUUGUUUGCCAGAGUCUGAAGCACAGCUAGGGAGUGUGAGUGCAUUGCCAGAGUGGGAGCUCCUACUAGAGACCAAGAGGCUGCAGGGGAGGCCUUGGCCAAGGGCAAGGGCUGUUAAUGACGCAGUUUAGGGUGCCUUUGCUUUGCUGCUAUUGAGGAUAUCCGUAACACAGGAGAACCUGCCACAAACAAGCUUCUUCAAGCUUCUUACAGAAAGUACACUUAGCCUGGAGCGAACCACCCACCACAGCUCACAAAACUGAAGAGAUCUACAAGUUUGUGUCCUGUUGGCUUUGGUCGAUGUCAGCAUUGCUGAGGAUUGGCUAGGUAAAAACUAGAGACUUCAGUUUUUAGUUCCUCCACAGAUGCAUACACAGAUUGUCAAGGUGAUGUCAGAGACCAGAGUUUGCAGGGGCCAGGACACAGGAAAAAUGGACUGAGACCACUAGCUGGUGCUCCCAAGAAGCUGUGGGUCCAGCUGCCAUAUGGUAACCGCAGUUAAAUGGAGACAGGUUGAACAGAAAUCACCUGCUAAAUGUAUAUGGUGUAGUGGCGAUAUGUAUAUGCUGUCCUUCAGUCAUUUCCUGAAAUGUCAGCUCUGUGAUUCCAGAAUAUUUAUGUGUUACAAGUGUUGUGUUUGGUGUAUAUACCAUGUGAGAGAGGUUUUCAAGGAAAGUUGGUGGAUUCCAGAGCUCAUCCACCUAAAACACCCUCUUGUUGAAGCAAUUCCACUACUAGUGUGGGGGAAAGCACUAGAAGUUGUACUGUGGGGAAAAGAUUUGCAUGGGGGUUAAAAGAAUAGCAUUACAAAAAAGAAAAAAAAAGCUGGGAGUGGUGGCUCACACCAAUAAUCCCAGCAUUGAGAAGGCUGAGGCAGGAAGAUCACUGUGAAUUUGACGCCAGCCUACUCCACAGAGUGAGAGCCUGUCUCCCAAACAAGAGACUGGCACAUCCACGCACCACACAUUAAGUGUUAGCCCUGGGCACUGUUCCCUUUUCCCACCUGCUCACUCUCACCACAUGCAACAAACUAAAGGCUGAGAGGAAGCCUUCUCAUGCUGUGAAAAAAAAAACUCAAACUGUGUUUUUCUUUUUUAAGGA